UUCAAGUUGCGUCUGGAUUUAAAAUGGAAGAACAAGAAGUCGAAGAAAAUCCCCCAGUACGUCCUUACAAGUCUUUACACAGCUUUGUCGAGUCCCCUGUGCGAUUCAUCAAUAGAACGGGAAGGGAAGUACAUGUAAUCUGGAUAAACUAUGAAGGAAAGGAGGUGUUAAAAACUACUCUUCUCACGAACAAAAAACUGGAUUUGAACACUUUUAUGACUCACCCGUGGAUAGCAGUGGAUGCAAAAACGAAUGAAAGAAUGUUGUUGAACUUUAGAAAAACAUAUCUCCCCGGUGAACCGGAAGUACGGCGGAUGGAUUUUGAGAAUCGUAAAGCUUAUGUUGCAAGAGCCCAAGUACUCAUAACAUUGCCCGGUAAGGAUUUUUAUAGACUGUCGUUAAGAUCCGGGUAAUUCAAAAAUAUUCCAGGCAGUAAAUUAUAGUUGUGCGCCCUCGAAGCACCCAUUAUUCACACUUCUUGUUCGAAUGGUACAAAUCAACCUGUUUCAAGAUCCAGAUGAGCGGGGGGGAGGGGUGGGGGGAAGCUUAUUUUAGUGACGCCGUACGUGAUAUCGACCAUUUUUGGUGUCCGUGAAUCGUGAUGUACUGAAAACUGUCCUGUGAAUCAAGAUUGAAGUGAUCUCCGUGAAACGCCUGAACUGCCAAAAUCCUCGUUUGUGUAUACAUACGUUGAAGAUCAAUUGAAGAAAUUAAAUCGUUAAUUUGGCCAAACGACCUUAACUAGCAUGACUGGUGGCUUGAUUAAACUUCACUUUUAAAUCUUUUGAGGUAACCUCACACUUCACACCUACAGCUGGCUUCCCUUGGGAAUUUAUUGGUUCAUAAAACUUAAGUAAUCCACUCGAAACACUGACUGUUUUACGAAUUGGGACUAACAUAACGGUUGUGGCAUUUUGUACGACCUCUAUUUCUUGAGAAGUGUAAAAAUGUAAAUAUUUGUUUCAUGAAUUGAGAAACCUUUAGCUUAUAUAGUUUUGAAAUUAAAAAUUGAAGGAAAAACCCUAAAAUAAGAAAAACAUUCCUCGAUAAGGGUUACGUAGACAUAAAAAAUUUACAAAAUAAAUAAAAUGCUAAAAAUAACAUAUGCAUAUUGACCGAAAAGAUGAAAUUUCACCAGAGUAAAGUGAAAUUUGAUACUAAUGAAUUUGAACGAACUAAAGAUAAAAUCUAAAACAAUACUGAAAUAUUGAUAAUCUCAUGGUUUCAGUUCAGACUAAAAUAUAAAACAUUAACUCAGGUUAAGAAUCCCAACUUAGCUGGAGGCAAACUACAAGGCUGUGCUCUAAGGAAAAUUGAAGGGAGCCCAAUGCUCUGGACCUGUAAAAUCCAGGAUGCCCAGCACAUGAUUUGUAUGAAAAAACUAAGAUUUUGUAGUUGCCUGAUAGGAAAAGUUAGACGCCAGGGACCAUCGGGCUUAGCCUGUGAAUACAGCCGUUUCUCCUAGCUUCUCGCUGCCAGACAUUUUGCCAGGAGAAACGUCUGCUACUCAGUGACAGAAAUUCUAUACUGAUGACGUAAAUUAAUGUUUACAUAAUAAAUCCGGUAUUCAUGGGGUUCCAAAUGUAAAUUUGUUUGAUUUCAUGUUUCUCCUGGUCAAUUAUAGUAAAGUUUUGUGAUCUUUUGCGAACGAGCUCCUGCAAAACUCAGAUGCUUUUUUUAAAGAAGAAUCUAUUCUAAGAAUAUUGACUGUUUUGUAACAGAUUCAUCACUUUUACAUUUGGCCUUUGUGGCCUUUUGUCUGUCAUUUAAUAAACAAUAGGUAAAACGAUAUAACUACUACAUCGACCAAUCAGAGCUUCUUACCAGAUUUUGGACUGAUUUUAUGCCAUCAGUAUGGAAUUUCUGUCACUGAGUUGCAGACUUCCCUGGGCAAAACGUCCUGAGUAGUGAAAAGCAAGGAGAAACAGCUGUAUAUUCACAAUCUACAUCGGGCUCUGCUAGAGCACAGCUCUGAACUAGUUGUUCAUUUACAAGUGUGGUUAAGGAUUUGAAUUCAGGACUGCUGGGAACAAAUCCAGCAAGCAGUCAGGUUCUUACUUGAACUUGAGGCCUGACUAGCCACUCAGCCAGGCUGCCUCUUUUUAUGUUCAUAGGAUUUUAAACCAUUGCUUAAUACAUCAAGGGAUUCAGAUUUUCAAAUACAGUGGUAGUUCAUUCCAGGAUUUAGUUCCCUGUAAAAACAUGAACAUUUUAAAACAUGACAGUUCUAGCAUCUAGUCUUAAACAAAGAAUCUAAUCUAGGUCAGUUUUCAAAGUGUUAUCCAUUUGGUGUUGUAGCUGUCUUUUUUAUGGAAAACAUAUUUAUUCAGAAGCAGUUUUUUUGUUAAUUUGUGACACUAAUGAAUGACAAGUAAUGUUCAGUAUUCUUUAUUUCUUAAAUUUCUAUUUUUUUCUUAUAGUCUGCAAGCUUGAAGAAUACUGUGUAAAGACCCUGAAGAACAUUGUUUCUCCACAAGACAUCCAUAAACUUCCUCUUCCACCACUGAUUCUUGAGAAAAUUUCUCGGACAUCAUCAUGAUUCAAGUCAUUUUCAUGUAUGUGGUAUGACGGGUCAGACCUAAGGAAUAGCAGUGUUUAAAGCAUUAUGUAGAAAACUUGAAUUACAAAUACAGCUUUAAAGAUGUCAUUCAAAGGUGUUAUGAAAUAUUAAAAAUAAGCUGGUCAUUUAACAUACAGCGCAAGUGCGAAAAGCGAAAGUUACUUGCCAGAAGAAGAACAUUAAAUUCAGCUUGGAAUUUCUUUUAAUAUGCCCUUGCACACCUCCCAUAUAAUGCAUGUUAUUUGCCCCCCAAAAUUUUGCACAAGCAUUGUUUUCAAUUUCUCUUGGGGCGGCUGUAAUAUUCAAUAGAAAUGAAAAACAAAGGUUAUGCCAACUUUUGGGAGGCAAAUAGGGUGCAUUAUGGGAGAUGUGCAAGUGGCGUAAGACUUGGGUAACAUAGAAGUUUGUGAGGUUACAAAUGACCACAAUAGCAACCAUUUCAAUGUAUUGCCAUACAUACCAGUAUUUUAAUAUUAGCUUUUCAAGUCAAUUCGUUUACAUGUGGCUGAAAUCUCUGCCAUUUUCCUCCUCUAAGAUUAUUAAGGAAUCGUAAGGAGAAUUAAAGAUAAGAUUAUGAAAUAAUCUUAGGAUGCCAUUCUCCACAGUCUGUCAUUAUUUAUAUUACUCAUUGCUACUCAUUUGUAAUUGGAGUGUGCAGAGUGAAAGGAAUAGUAAAUAGAGGAUAUUACAUGGCGGCGCGAAGAUUUGAAUUUUAUUUUUGAGUGGCAAAACAAUAUUUUACAAAUGAGCGCAGCAAGUGAGUAAAAUAUUGUUUUUUGCCACGAGAAAAUAAAAUUCGUAUCUUCAAGCUGCCUUGUAAUGUUCUUUUUAUUAUAUAGACAAAAAGAUAUCGUUAAAAUAAUAGAGGGAAAUUACCGAAAUUACGUCAUCGAUAAACUCACGUGUGAGAUUUUUUGAAAAUAAAACACUCGGGUCCCAGAUGUAGUUUUUAUGAAUUUUACGAGUGGUAUAUUUUCCAGUAAAACACUCGUGUCUAUAUAACAAAUAAAAAUAUUUUGUGCAUGAGGUUAUCUUAUCAUUUUGUUUGGUUAUCAUAGUCUACGUCCUUCAUGU